AACCCAGAGCAUGGACCCUUUGGCAGUAAUGGUUCAUAUUCACGGUGAUACGUAUGAUGAAGGAUCGGCUAAUAUGUAUGACGGCAGCAUCCUGGCAAGCUACGGCGGAGUCAUCGUGAUAACAGUAAAUUACCGCCUGGGAAUUUUAGGUUUUCUGAGCACAGCCGAUUCAGCAGCGAGGGGGAACUAUGGCCUCAUGGAUCAGAUAGCGGCCAUUAAGUGGAUUCAUCAGAAUAUUGGCGUGUUUGGCGGGGACCCCGACCAAAUUACCCUAUUUGGUGUCGGAAGCGGUGCGGCUUGCAGCGGACUACUCAUGUUUUCGAAUCACACAAAAGGUCUUAUUGCUGGCGUGAUAGCAGAGAGUGGAUCCGCCAAUGCUCCGUGGGCGCUGUCUCGUGAACCAGCUCGCUUCGCGAAGCUCUUAGCUGAAAACGUCGGCUGCGAGGCGGAAACCAACCUCCAAAUGGUCGAAUGUCUGCGAGGUCUCCCCUACAGCGACCUGAUCAACCUCGACUUCCAGUCUCCGCUCUACAUGUUCGCUUUCGCUCCAGUUGUUGACGAGGACGUCAUAGCCGCCGAUCCCAGUAUCAUGUGGGGACAGCUGAUUGCGGGCGAGCGCGACAUCGGACGAGAUGACUUCGCGUACCUGAGCGGGAUCGUAAGAAACGAAGCAUUCUCGUACAUCGCGGAGGAAACCGAUGUCGUGGGGCGGAUGGAGCUGGAAGUAUUUGACGACAUUCUCGAUGGGUUCGUGCAGAACAACUUUGGAGGCAACAUGAAAGCAAGUAGCGUCAUUCGUGAUGUCAUCUACUAUGAAUACAUGGACUGGGGAGGCGGCGAAGGCAACGCUUUUACACUGAAGGACAGUCUCCAGGACAUACUGACGGAUCACCAAUGGGUGGCGCCCUGCAUUAGUUCACUCAAGCUGGCUGACGAGGCAGGCAUUGAUGCCUGGCUCUACAUGUUCCCACACAGACCCAGACGAAGCAUCUAUCCACGAUGGGCAGGUGCGGUGCAUUUAGAAGAAGUCCCUUAUGUUUUCGGAGCUCCUGUAUCCAAUAUGUCGGUCGGGAUCUUUACCGAGUCAUACUCGUCAGCUGAGGCUGCGCUGUCUCUGGCAACCAUGAACUACUGGAGUAACUUUGCCAAAUCCGGAAAUCCAAACAGUCCGAGGCCUCAAAGCUCAACAGACAUCCAUCGAAACUUCGUCGUCGAGUUCAACUUUGAGACCAUGGAAGACUGGCCCCGUUACACCGUCGGCCGACAACAAAUGAUCUACCUCGCCUCCAACCCGAAAGCAAAGGAUUUCUACCGCGUCCAUAAGAUAAGCCUUUGGGAACAGCUUGUUCCCAGAAUUGAGCAAAAGUUUGCUUUCGAACCGACAGUUAACAACAAUCCGUUUCUUCCAGGACCACAGAUCAGCAAUCCUGGAGGCGGACAAGUGACACACUCCUUGACUUCGGCGAUGCAGCCAGUAACCUCGGCUAUUUCACCAAUGACCGAUCCGUUUGAGACAGAUAUUGAUAACCGAGUACCGGGCGCGGAUAAUAUAACUCCGUCAGGAACCGAAUCAAACGCGUUGGAAACGGAUAAACAGGAAAAGAAAGGUUUCUUAGUGGAACUUAGUAUGGUGAUCGCUAUUGGCGGUUUUCUUCUCCUCCUUAAUCUGAUUAUUCUCGGGGCCAUAUAUUACUUGCGUGACAAGAGAAAAAUUGAGAAGCGGUUGGCCCAGAAGUAUUUGACCUCUCAGACGGAGGAGAAGAAGCGCACCAGUUUGCAUCCACAAACCACACCGGAUAGCGGUAUCGGCAUACCAGUCGCACUGAACCUUAACCAACAAUCCGGUCAUCACGGAAGUAACCAGCGUUACGGAACACCAUCGGUGCCGUCACGUGCUGGCACGAGCGAUCAUAACCAUGGAAACGGCGGGAGUCGGGACUAUUCUUCGCUGAAAUACAAUCGUUCGCCACAACACUUUGGCGCAAUCAGGAGGAACUCAGCCGGGGAAGUGGAGUUUGAAGUAUAGUUGUGAUGACAUUUUGGUAGUUCUUGUGACGAUGUUUUUUACGCAAGCAGAUUGCAGAGUUGACAAUUGUGGAUCUGCAGGAGAGUAGUGUAUGCAGCAGAGAUGGAGGUGAAUAACAGGGGCAGGGCACACAUGCUGUUAGCCCAGGACCACCUUAAAUAUUAUGUAAAGGACCAAAUAACAACUGAUGCAGAAUGAUUUUAGAAGAGGGGGUGUGCCGCAAUCUGAGCGAAGUGCCCUUCAUCACGGGCGCCAACCCUUUUGGACGUUUAGAGUGAGGGCGCUCGAGCUCCCUGAUACACCCUUACUUUUUGUGGACUCACAGUCUUAAUUGCGUCAUCGAUAUAAAAGAAAAUGAACUGUUCCAUUUUCAGCAUCCAUCGAGGAUGGGUAUAGAGACAGAUUUGGAAAAGGGAUGUCGUGAGUGGUAGUGUGAAAUAAACAGAGAGAGAGAUAGAGAAAGAGAGAGACGAAGAGAGAGAGAGAGAGAGAGUUGGUUGAAGAAGAGACAACGAGACUUGACAAUAAAGUAAAUAUCGUCAGAGUAAAAAGAAGAUGUGAACUGUGCAAAAAUAUAAUAUGACGGAAACGCUCAAAUCCUUCAUUAAAAGGUUGAACAUUAUUAUCAGUAACGUUUUUUUUAAAAUUAUCAAUAUUAAGAAAUUAACUGGAUUAUCCCUCUAUAAAGGAUAGAAGGUCAAGAUGUUCCUUGCGGGCAACUUGGGCCACAGUUGAAGAAUGACCAGGUCACAAAACUAUGGUUGUCAUCAAAACAUCUUAAUCUUCCGUGAAGCAAAACUAUGCCAACUAUCAAGAGUAUAAUUUAGAUAUAUUUCUGGUAAAAAGUCGGGAGAAGACUCCUUUAAAAAAAAUAGAUUUCCGACAUGGACGUUCAUUAAAUUUUGUUAUAAAAUUGCGUUCGAAUUCUUUUGAUUAGAAUACACAAGCGCUCAUCGCGCUUGAAUUGAUAUACUGCGUAAUAGCAGUUGGAAACAAAUGGAGUUCAAGUUAAUGGUUGUCGUAAUUAUUAUACUUAGGGUCUCUGGUUUAGAGUGAGUCGUUGGCUUAGAAUAAUAAAUACGGAUCUUUCUCCCGCCUAGUUGCUCGUGUUAUUGAAUCAAGAAUCGUCGACAUACUAUAUCAAAAGAGCAAAUAAGUAAGACCGAAAAAGAUUAUAUUCAAAUGAAAGGUGAACAUUAAUUUGUACCGAGCAGAAUUUGCUCAAAAUCUUCCAAGUCAAUUUUCUACUUGUGCACUGUCAAUCCCUUAUACAUCAUUCAAUCAAUUAACCUUUUGUUGGUAGUUAUUACUAUUAUAUUAUUCCUGAGAUUUGGUUUUCCAUUUUAGGAGAUGGAACCUUAUUUAAGUGUUUAAAUAUAUAUGAUUCAAUGUAUAUUUAGUUGUAUGAUAAUCACAUAAUGUUGUAUAUUUUUGUUACAUUGUACAAGUCACUUACUAUCAUUUCUCUGUAGCUUUUUUACAGUGUUAUUAUUUGAAUUACUUAUUUUCGAUAGUUGAACAAUUAACAAAAAAAGAUAUUUGGACUGAAGCAACAACUCUAUUAUUAUGUUCAUCGUGAAUGUACCAUGCAAGGGACACUGACAUUAAACCCGUUUCAAAGCCUUUGAUUAGGAGAGUUUGGCCAACCCGGUUCCAAGUGGACACAACAUGGCGAACAGCCCAUUAUUGGGCAGGCACAAAACAUAAACCAAUUUGGCCAAACUCUUGUCUAAAGAUGGGUCUGAAAGUUUCGCUGAACAGAGCCAUCUACGUUGAACCAAUGUGUAGCCACCUUGCAAAUAAUAAACGCAUGAUUCUAAGAUCAACUUUAAUGCGACUGCUAUGGAACAGGGCGCCAUCUAUAUGAUUUCCUACCCAGUAUUCAUGUACAUGUAUUAUUUAGAAUUACACAUGUUAUCAUUAGCGUUAGAAUAGUCAUUAUCAAAUAUUAGUUAAUGCCUUCUUGGCACGUUAUAAGUGCUGAAUGUUUAUAAAUAUUAUAAUAAAUUUCGGGGGAAUGUAACCCCCGUCAAUUUAGCGUAAUCCUUUCUUUAGUGUGCAAUAUAAAUACAUCGUGACCAAAAGUAAAUACCAAAAGAAUGUGUUGAUUUGCAAAUGUUUUGUAUGCACAUUUACUGAGUCAUCUUUUGAUUUUAUACACUGUAAUAUGUGUAAAUUGCGGAGAAUGUGAAAAAAGCCGAAUUAUCAUUUUGGGGUUGAUUCUGAUAAUGUAUGAGAGAUUCAAUGCAGAGGAAAAAAAAUACUAUGAUGUUUAUUGGACCACUUUAAUAAUCGGCGUAUUCAAUCUAUUCAAUUGAUUACAUAUCUUUGAUAUCAGUAAGUUGUUUCUGUCAAGUCGAAUGCUUGCCUGAGGCUUGCCUGACAAGCAAGAUACUAAUGUAUCGAAAAUAAUAUCGCUAGUGGUAUUCGUUUGUCUCGCAAUGUGUGGUCAACAAGGGAUGUAAAAGAU